AUGAUAAUAUUUAUAAAAAAGGCAAUCUAUCUAUCUAUCUAUCUAUCUAUCUAUCUAUCUCAAUUCUUCAUAUGUAUUUAUACGUUAACUGAUCUCAAUGCAAAGAGCUCUAUCUAUCUAUCUAUCUAUCUAUCUAUCUAUCUAUCUAUCUAUCUAUCUAUCUAUCUCAGUGUGUUCAGAUCUAUCUAUCUAUCUCAGUCUAUUCAGAUCUAUCUAUCUAUCUCUCUAUCUAUCUAUCUAUCUAUCUAUCUAUCUAUCUAUCUCAGUCUGUUCAGAUCUAUCUAUCUAUCUAUCUAUCUAUCUAUCUAUCUAUCUAUCUAUCCCAGUCUGUUCAGAUCUAUCUAUCUAUCUAUCUAUCUAUCUAUCUAUCUAUCUAUCUCUCAGUCUGUUCAGAUCUAUCUAUCUAUCUAUCUAUCUAUCUAUCUAUCUAUCUAUCUAUCUAUCUCAGUCUGUUCUGAUCUAUCUCUCUCUCUCUCUCUAUCAAUCUGUCUCAGUCUGUUCAGAUCUAUCUAUCUCUCUCUCUAUCUAUCUAUCUACCUCAGUCUGUUCAGAUCUAUCUAUCUAUCUAUCUAUCUAUCUAUCUAUCUAUUUCUGGUUUAUUUGAUGUUCGCUAUUUCGUCUGUUGUAUCUCUUCUUUUCUAUUUUCCUUUUGUCUUUUACCUUUUUUCUCCCAUGUUUGUUUUUCACUCGCUUGCAUUAUUUUCUAAUUUCUUUUACAAUCUAUUUUCUUUUUCUAUCUUACUAUUUUUACUCUGCUUCUCUUUUCAAACAAUAUUUCCUUUUCUCUUCCUUCUUGUUCUUUUUCUUCAUCAUUUCUUCUUCUCGCUGUCAUUGGCUUUUCUUUUUUCUUUCAUUCUUCCUUUCUUUUUUUAUUGA